GUUAUGGUAAAAUUAUGAAAAGAUAAUUUAAAAUAAGCACGGCCCCCCGCCAAAUUCACGAUAGCUUCACAAUAAUCACCACACGAAAGGUUUUAAAAUUCGUGCCCAGGAUUUUUGAUGAAUUUUGGUAAAAAUCCUUGCAUUUUCUCUAGAUUUUCACCGCGAAGACAUUGGCUCAUCCCCACAGUGAGACAAGGACCAUGGCCAGCCAUGGCCCCUACAUCCCGCUGCCAUUGCAUUGUCUGUGGUAUUUCUAUCGAAUCUGCGAUUGACCAUGCCGGAUCCGAAACAAGCUGGAUGAGUGAGUUUCGGGCCAUCUACGCCACGAGCAAGCACUCAAUUUCUGCUUUCCUAUCUGGACCAGGAGAACGACGGCAAUUUGCUGAUGUUAUACCCAUGGGCGAAUCCGCAGAAAUGACGGAAAUUGAACUGCUGUGGUUUGACUGGGGCCCAAGCUGGGCUAAUACCUCAUCUAGUUCACUGUGGGGCUUUCCCGUGCACUGCGCCUGCUGGGACAUCAUGGUCGCCGUUCGUCCGGGGCAGCCACCGAACGUUCAACAUCUGUUCGAUCUCUGUCGCUCUUUCCCAGUCCAAGGGGCGAUCAAUUUUGGACACAACUAUGGUGGCGCUGUGCCUUACGGAGCGAGGACCAUACUAUCUGUCGGCGAAGAGCCAUGGUUGAACCCUACACCGACGACCAGAAGCGAGCCGCAAUACAAAUGCAAUCCAUUCCAUGAUCCCGAACUAACUCGCCUUUUUCAGCAAGACAGUGCUGUCUCUCCUGAAGGAUCAUACCUGCCCACUGUUGACCCAGCUGUCACAUUCUCUGGACAUAAAGUGAACUUGACUCGAGGAGAAUCUGAUCCUUUCAACAAGCUACCCAAUGAGAUUCUACUGUCCUUAUUGUACUAUCUGCCGUCACCUAGCGUUGCGAGCCUGAAGUUAGCAUCUCGGGUAUAUGCUGCCAUAGUCUUACCCGAUAGAUUCUGGUUUUCCCGCUUUUGGCCUGAUCAAGAGUUUGAGCAUGUGUUCGAGGCUAUACAACAUGCUGCGUUAUGGGGAGGCCGUUGGAAGUUGCUGUUUGAUUCUGUUAAAGACCUUCAUCAUCGCCUCAUCACGAGGAAUGCUAUGUCAAACCGAAAACGAGUUUGGGAAUUAGCAAAGUCACUCCAAGCUCUCCUGGAUGAGGUAGGUGAAGGACCUUGUGCUGGAGACCCUGUUUGUUCGUUCUUCGAGCCCAACGCACCACUCGACGACUGCAUCUGUUGGGCUACAGCAAGUAGAAAUCUCAAAUCUCCAAUAGAGAUAUUCGGGAGUGGCUCCAGGUCGCUUUUCGAACGAUUGCUUGUGCUUCCCUCUGAAAUAAUUGCUAUCUUUAUCUCCACUAUUGAGGUGUCCGGGCAUUGUUACAUCUCCGGCUUGAGGCUUGAACUCGAUGACGGUGAGAGCUCCGUCUUAGGAUACAUUCACCCACGCAAUGAGACACUGGUAACAUGGGAUGCCACCACUACAACACGAGUCUCAAUUGCUGGUUUUCAUGUUGCUCAGAAUAAUCAGGGUGUUUCCGCACUUGCUAUACUCUCUACCGAGGGAUAUUUGUCAAAUUGGGUGGGGGAAAUCCAAGGCAUACCUAAAAGGAGAUUAACUGUUGACCUUAUCGAGGGAGGGUGCAGCGACCCAACAAAGUUUUUGAAGGGUGGGUUCGAUGCUCUCAGACUAGUUUUUCUCUCCAUCUCUGUUCCGACAGAUACAGAACCAAGCUCAAUCCUGCUUGACCCGGCUGCUUCUUUACGCAACACAGCUGCCUGGCUGCCUGACAUCCCCGACCCAAAUCUUUUUUUCAUGGGCGAAGACUACCAAGGGGAUUUACCUCUGACAAUCAUAACCUUUGACGGUUCGAAUGGCAAGAACUUGCGCGAUUUUGUGAUCUCGAUAUGGUCUCAGGACGGAGAAAUAUUUGGAAUCAAAAUUUCGUAUGAUCAUUUGCUAGACGGACCAAAGACACUUCUGCUCGGCGAUGAGCUACUUGACGCUCCAGUGGAUGGAGUGGACCGGUGUGAUAUCUCUAUUGACUACGCAAAUGGCGAGUACAUCACGGGUAUGGAAAUUUUCGAACGAAAUAGGGCUUCAAUGGCUUUGAAGCUGUCUACAAACUGGGAUCGUGCGGAGCAAUAUAUACCUGGAAAGCCCAAUUCACAACGUACGGAUUGGCGCAAACAAUCUCUUUACCCGAAUGGAACCGUUGUUGGAUUUUACACAUUAUUCCUGUUCAGAGCUGUAGGAUGCUGUGCACAAUCGGCCUUGUUUAUGCUACUCCAUCUUGAAUUGUGGAACCGAUGA